AUGGAGUAUGCACAUUACGUUAGGCCGGACUCAAAACGACCACCAGAUGAAGAAUCCCCAGCAGCCGCGGAAUUAACUUCUAAGAAGGCAAACGAAGCUUCAACUAGAAAUAGAGAAUUAACAACUGUACUAGUCAAAAAUUUGCCCAAGAGCUAUAACCAAAACAAAGUCUAUAAGUACUUUAAAGAUUGUGGCCCUAUUAUACACGUUGAUGUGGCAGAUUCGCUCAUGAAGAGGUUUCGCUUUGCACGUAUUGAAUUUGCCAGAUAUGAUGGAGCCGUUGCUGCAAUAACCAAAACACACAAAAUUAUAGGUCAAAAUGAAAUUACAGUAUCUCACUUAACAGAAUGCACAUUGUGGAUGACUAAUUUCCCCCCGAAUUACACUCAAAGAGAUAUCAGAGGUCUGUUUCAAGAUAUUAGUAUCGUUGUCCUUAGUGUACGGCUUCCUAGUUUACGGUUCAAUACAAGCAGAAGAUUCGCCUAUAUAGAUGUUACUUCUAAAGAAGAUGCAAACAAUUGUGUGGAAAAAUUGAAUGGACUUGAAAUAGAAGGUUAUACAUUGAUUACUAAGGUUUCUAAUCCGCUAGAAAAGUCGAAACGGACUGAUUCUGCCACACUAGAGGGGCGAGAGAUUAUUGUACGAAAUCUGAAUACAGAAUUGCUCGACGAGAACCUUCUGAGCGAUUCGUUUGAACGAUUCGGCUCCAUUGAAAAAAUCAAUAUACCUGCAGGACAAAAAGAGCACAGUUUCAAUAACUGUUGUGCAUUUAUAGUUUUCGAAAAAAAAGAUUCUGCUGAAGAGGCCCUUCAAAUGAAUGGAAGUUCGUUGGGCAAUAGGGAAAUUUCUGUUUCCUUGGCGGAUAAAAAACCAUUUUUAGAAAGAAACGAAGUCAAAAGGCUCCUUGCAUCGCGUAACAGCAAAGAGCUAGAGACACUGAUAUGCCUAUUUCCACUUUCAGAUAAGGUUUCACCAAGCUUAAUCUGCCAAUUUCUUCAGGAGGAAAUAGACGUUGAUAAAAAAGAUAUUAAGAAAGUUCUUCUCGUUAGCGACUUUAAUGCUGCCAUUAUUAUAUUUACAGAUAAGAAAUUGGCAGCAAAGAUGCUAAUGGGACUAAACGGAUCUCAAUUUCAAGGAAAGAUAAUACGUUCAGGUACAAUUAAUGACAUGAAAAGGUACCAUAGCAACCAACGAAAUCACAACGUAAAAAUUUCCAAACCUAGUUGUGUAAACGUGUCGCAAAAGAGACGAAAUCUUCAAGCGAAGAAAAAACUUCCUAACGAACGAGAGCAGAUGUCCAAUGAUGACUUCCGCAGGAUGUUUCUAGGAGAACAAAAAUAA